ACUUAAUAUGAGGUCACUAAUGAAGUUAUCCUUUCUAAUUCUAACUCAGAAGCUAUUUACAACAUUUCAAAUGCUGACGGCAAUACUGCAUCCAUUAUUUAAUGGGUGUGCUGAAUUAGAAAAUCAGCUCAAACAAACAUUUACAGUGUCACAGGAACUAAAUGCUGCAAAAAAACGGUGUAAUGAGCUAGAAUCACAACUGAAGGAGUAUACUGCUGUUAGUACAGAAUUGAAUGAAUAUCGUGAGCGGCUUCAAAAAAAUGUUCAGCAACUACAAGACGUACAAAGUUCUUUCACUCAACUACAAAGUGCAUUCAAAUCUGCUCAGGCAGAAAGUAACAUGAGGUGAUUUUAUUCUGGUCUUGCUGUAUUCAUUAUGUUGAGCAUAUUUCAUGUAUUUAGAGUAUAUUUAAAUAAUAUAAUUUUAAUUUAAGUUGUGGCUUAAUAUGAUUAAUUUAGUCUGUGUCUUUACUUACAUCGUUACUUUACAAGUAAUUGUAAAGUUUGUUUCACAUGGUUCCCUUCAUCAGAGCACAUUCCAUGUAUUGUUUCUAUUCCACAGAUAGAAAUAAAAUGAUAAACAAAUAGCAAAUUCACAUCUUUGUAGUUGGAAUUAAUACAGCCAUAGCCAUUGGAUUUUUAAGGGAGUAAAACAUAGAUGACUGACAGUUGUUGCAAAAGAUUUUUGAAGUACUUUAGAUGAUUUCUGAAGCACAAUCAGUGUAUUUCCUUAACCAACAGUGAGUUUAUGUUCUCAUCACAUCAUGGCCUGCUUUCAUGAAAAGAGGAAAAAACUGGAUCCACCUGAGUUCAUUUGAACAUAUUUAAUAUAUCUGUUAGAGCAAUUUGAGAUAAACUCCAUAUAUUUAAGAAAAAUACAUGCAUCAAUAUUACAAGUGUUCUAAAUCGUUGUUGUUGUUGUUGUUGUCAUCUUCAGUCUGGAGACUUGUUUGGUGCAGCUCUCCAUAUUACUCUAUCAUGUGCAAGCUCCUUCAUCUCCAUGUAACUACU